AACGAGGUUACUGGUGCUCCAUAUCAAGAAAAAUCCUCGUUGAAGCCCGGUGGUGGAACUGGUGGUGCGAAGUCUGGUGCUUAUUUGGUGGAGGCCGUUCCUUCGGUUGACAUUUUGUCCGCUGAGAAACGCCGACGCGUGGAAGAUCAAGAACCGAGUAAGACAGUUGUCAAGACAAGUAAGACCGCCGUUCAGCCUAGAAAAUCGCGCAAUCCCCCGAGAACGUUGGAAAUCGAUCUUAUUCCAAAGAAGAUCUGGGAUAAAUUGCAACACACCGACGCUGGAUUAACCAUGGCGGACUGGCUAUAUCUGGAACGACAGGCUGGAAACGAUAUUGCCGCGGGUAUACGUUAUUGGCGGCGAAGAAAACCAGCCAAGGAAAAUUCCAUGCAAGUGAACAAUUUGGAAGUGCUCUCUGAUUCCGAAGACAGUCUCGAUCUUGGUUCCCAGGCCAGCAGUGAAACUGAAUCUGAUGUGUUGGAAUGGGAGAAAGACAUGGAGUGGGAAAGUGAUACCGAUUCCGUCGAUACGAACGAUAUGACGUACCCUUAUGAUCUUUCCAAGAUGCGUGUUGGGUCUCCUCUCAAGGGAAAAAUUUCCAUCAAUGGUCAUGAAGUCGAAGCGGUGUUCGAUACUGGUGCAAGUGUGAGCGUCAUCGGCAAGGAUUUGAGCGACCGACUUGGUUUGGCCACGAAUGGUGAUCAGAUGCAUUUGUCUGGUUUUAACAUUGGUAACAAGGACCCCAGCGAUAUCACGACCGAUGUGCCCAUUUGCGUUGCUGGCAAGAUACGACCUGAACAUAUGUGUGUUCAAACGACCAAAGGAAAGAAGGACCUUUGCCUGCUUGGUAUCUCUUGGUUCCAUGCUCAUGGUAUUGAAAUUUCGUUGCAAGAUAAUACCUUGAGAAUACCUUGCAAGAAGGGUGUGGUGAUCCUACGGUGCCAUACGGAAUAUUCUGGUGCAGCAAGAAACAACGAUGAAGUUGAAGCCUAUGCCUUGUCCGUGUGUCCGACGUCAUCUGAUGUUUUCAAUGUGGAAAACGACCUCGAGGAUCGACUGGUUCCUUACCUGAACGAUGUGACCGAACAAGAAGGUGUUUCUGACUAAGACCAGCAAGAAGGUGAGAAGACCGAGUUGCCUCCAGCUAUUGGCUCUGUGGUGCGCACGUAUGAUAGUUGUUUCGUCGAGACCAGUGGUCUAGGAAAAGUCCAG